CUGUCAACUCAGCUCCUGUUAGCAAAUGAGACUGUGAGUGAUCAGUGAGUUGAUCUCUAACAUUCAUUUCCUCAGCCUCCGCUUUCCUUUCUCCAGAUUCUUCGAAUUCUACCCUCGCGACCAUUCGUCAUCACAAAUAACGGGAGGAGAUAAGGGGACUUCUUCCUUUUUCUUCGUCGCGUCGCGUUACCAAUCGUAUCGCAAGGAAUUGACUCCGUCACCUCGGUGUAACUUCCUCCUUGUGUCGUAUCAUUCUUAUAAUCAACCCGUCGCAUCAUCCACUGCGUUUCCCACAUUUCCUCCAAAUCCCAAAAGAGUAUCCAAUGGCUACCGAUCAGUCAGUCGACCUGGCGAUGGAUCCAACCGUGGUCAAUGGAACGCAGGAGACUGGAUUGGGUCAAGAACCGCAGCUCCCCAGCACCUCGACCGCCCUCGACGUGGUAUGCGGCCCAUUGCUGAAUUACCGGUACAUGAGCGACACGACCUCCGAUACUCCGGUCUGGCAUGGCUCCAUCCUCAUCGUUACCGCACCCGGACCACGCGACCCGGAGCUUACCCUACGAUGCAUCGGUGCAGUCGGUGACUCCACUAGUACAGAUGGAGAAGCAGACCAAUCGGAGCAGUUUCGAGGCGAGAGGCUCUACGAGGACCCUAAGAAAGCGUUCUUUAGGUUCAAGAUCAAUGUUCUGAUCCAGGCGUAUGAAGCUCGCUGGGAAUACACGAUCCCUGGAAUGACCCUUCAAAACGGCAAUACCAACCCGCAUAUGGUGUUCGCCGUGCCGUCCCGCCAGCAAUCGAUGCGGAUAAUGUUCCACUCAUGCAAUGGUUUCAGCGUCGGAACCGACAUGCCGACGUUCUCCGGUCCAAACGGCGUGCUCUGGAAAGAUGUCUUGCGAAUGCACCAAGACCAGCCGUUUCAUGUCAUGAUCGGAGGCGGUGACCAAAUAUAUCAGGAUGGUGUUCGUGUGGAAGGCCCGUUGAACAUGUGGUCGAAUAUGGCCAACCCGCAUAAACGACGCGAGUAUCCCUUUGGCGAACAGAUGCGCUUGGAAUGUGACGAAUACUACUACAACAACUAUAUUGAUUGGUAUGGCAAGGACCCGUUCCGGCACGCGAAUGCGCAAAUUCCGCAGAUCAAUAUCUGGGAUGACCAUGAUAUUAUUGAUGGAUUUGGAUCAUACACCGACCAUUUCAUGCGCUGUUCCGUUUUCCGUGGCAUCGGAGGUGUGGCCCAUAAGUACUAUAUGCUCUUCCAGCAUCACAUUGCUCCCCCCAAAAGCACCUUCACCACUGACAGUGCCAAGACCAUGCACGGGGAAAAGCCCAGUGAUCCGGUGCAGUUAGAGAAUACCUUUGUUUUGGAGGAGACGGGCUCAGACCCAUGCUACAUCAUUGGGCAAAAGCCCGGGCCCUACGUAGAGCAGCGCAGUCGGAAUAUCUACUGUCAACUUGGCGCCCGGGUAGCAUUUGCUGGGAUCGAUGCUCGGACGGAACGCACGCGGCAUCAGAUCAACUACCCCGAAACGUACAAGCAGUUCUUCGACUAUGUGUCCAACGAGUUGUCGAAGAACAAGGACAUUAAGCACUUGAUCAUGCUUCUUGGGGUUCCGAUCGCAUACCCACGCCUACAAUGGCUCGAAAACAUCAUUUCUUCCCCCAUCAUCGGCCCCAUUCGAUUCUUGAACCGACGUUUUGGCUUCGCCGGCGGCCUCUUCAACAAGUUCGACGGACAAGUGGAUCUCCUUGACGACUUAGACGACCAUUACACCGCCCGACACCACAAGGGGGAGCGACGGGACUUGAUACACAUCCUUCAGAACCUGGCCAAGCAACACAACGUGCGCAUCACCAUGCUCAGCGGGGACGUGCAUCUCGCCGCCAUUGGCCGCUUCUACUCGAACCCCGGGCUCUCUAUCCCCGCCGAGCGCGACUGGCGUUACAUGCCGAACAUCAUCAGCAGCGCCAUCACGAACAAGCCGCCGCCACCGGCCGUCGCGAACCUUCUGGCGCGCCGCAACAAGGUUCACCGCCUGGACCGCGAGACCGACGAGACCAUGCUCGAGCUCUUCGACCACGACCCCGGGCAGGGCCCCAAAGCGAAUGGCGACGGCCCGGAUAGCAACGAGGGCAAAUGUCUGCCCUUCCGCAGCGGCAAGGCCAACAACUGCACCAUGCCGUCGCGUAACUACGCCAUUAUUGCCGAGAGCCACGCGCCGGGUGCCGCGGCCCCGCCACCGAACCCCACCGCCGCCGGCGCCGCGGCCCCGACGGCCGACGGCGAGAUCGAGGCCACGGGAGUCCCGAGGCAGAACACUACGAACGGCGGGCAGAUCAAGAACCCGCGCCGGCCGAUCCAUGCCGGGGAGGCCAGCGCCGGGAUGAGCCACCCGGCCGCGAGCGGGUUGGAUAAGACGGGGUUGUGCGGACCGUAUGGGCUGGACAUCACGUUGCGGGUGGAGAUCGACUCGAAAAACGCGGAGGGUAUCACGGAUGGAUAUGGGUUUUCGAUUCCGGCGUUGGAUGCGACGGAGGUGCCGCUCGAGACGAAGGUUGGGUAAGAAGGCGGAUGGAAUGGAGAGUAAUGGAGGAGGUGGGAUGGAGGUCUGUACGAUAGUUGUACCGGGAGGUCUGGAUGUUAUACCCACGGUUCGUAUGGUUGGAUUCGCUAUGGGUACGUCGGAAGCUUUCUUUGCUUCCUGACGUGGGGGUGCGGCGCGUGGCUUUUUAUAAGGGGAAUCCUACUGCCGAAUGUUUGUAAUUGAAUCGAAGUUCCGUUUCGAUUUUUCAUGACUGGUAUGAAGAAUGGAUACUCCGUCGCUGUGAUUCAUGUCAGACAACAUGAUUCUGGGAUGCACAGCACGUACCUGUAGGAUUGCAGGCCAGUCAAUUGUCCCAAAACUGCUCUCUCCGACCAUUGAGCCUCCCAUGAUGCCAGAUGUCGCGAUGGUACUGCACUCUAAUGGGCCAAUCACGCCUGUCCGUUCAAAAGGGUCCAGAUGUGGAGUUUCGCUUGACUGGAGCUGAUUCCUCGC